AGCCCUGGUCGGCGACCGGCAAUCAUAGUGAGCAGCCCGCUUUCCUCCUGAGGCAGAGCUGUGACUUCAGUAUGUCUGGUCGAGGUAAAGGCGGCAAGGGGCUGGGUAAGGGAGGCGCCAAGCGCCACCGGAAGGUGCUGAGGGACAACAUCCAAGGUAUUACGAAGCCGGCGAUUCGCCGCCUCGCUCGACGUGGGGGCGUCAAGCGCAUCUCUGGUCUCAUCUACGAAGAGACCCGCGGAGUCCUCAAAGUAUUCCUGGAGAAUGUGAUCCGCGACGCAGUGACUUACACGGAGCACGCCAAGCGCAAGACGGUCACGGCCAUGGAUGUGGUGUACGCGCUGAAACGCCAGGGCCGCACCCUUUAUGGCUUCGGCGGCUGAGUUGUGUCCCCACAGCUUCUUUCUAGAUUCCAAAGGCCCUUUUCAGGGCCCCCAAACUGUCACAGAAAGAGCUGUUAACACUUCUAGAUGCUGGGUAAAUAUCAGCCCUUUAGAUAGAGCGUUCCGGAUACCGGGAGUGGGACAUUGCCGGCCGGAGCAAGUGCUCGGGAUUAGCCUUGGCGGGCGCGGGGAGGACUAGACCUCAGGGAGGGGACUCAGCGUGUGCUUAGGAACGACCCUGGGAGGUGCCGCGCAACGCAGCAGUGACUUCCCACUUCAGUGCACCUAAAAUACAGACUGCGGACUCUGUUUGUUUAGAAGUGUUCCUACAAAGCCUAAGUGUUAAAACUGGUCUCGGGCUUCUAAGCAGCCGUGUCGUUGGGCCUUUAGCACCUAUCGAAUGGCUUCCCUGUAAACCAGGGCUUAGGUGACUUCCCGCCGGCCUUUGGGGUGAGCGUGACGCGUCAGAGGGCGGAUCUUGUGGGUGCAGGGCCUGCUAGACCGCAGGAAAUGGGAGGUCGCAGCACCCAGUAGGAGCAUGCCUCUACCUGCAAUCCCGAAAGCAUUCAAUGCAGCCCUAGUGUGGCGCGUUGUAGUCUUACUAGCUACGAUUUAACUUCAUCGCUGAAGUUCUAAGUGAGGGUUUACCAAGCUCAGAUGCUGAGAGCUAGGUGGUCGGGCAAAGCUCGCGGCGUCCUGCUGUUCCCGUAGCCAACUGCGUCAAGUUGCCCACGCCGAGCGGGUGGGUUCCUGCUCGGCUACCUGGCGGCGGGCGUGGAGUCCGCAGGCAGUGGGGUCACGCCGGCAAGAAAAGCCAAAUCUCUAACAGCAGGUCGCCAAGUUGCCGGGAGUCCCCCGCUUCUUGCAGUGUUGUGCCCAUCACAAGUGACACUAGCAGCCGGGAGAUAAGCCCUGGCUUCCGACUAAAGGCCCUGUUCAGAACAGCCUGGGGGUAAAUAUGCAGUAUAUAUUUUUAGUAGAAACGGGAUUUCAUCAUGUGGGCCAGGCUGGUCUCGAACUCCGGACCUCAGGUGAUCUGCCCACCUUGGCCUACCAAAGUUCUAGGAUUGUAGGCUCUGCCUCCCUUUAUUAUAUGGCUUCUUAACAUAUUCCCUGGGUACUCAUACACCUUUCUACGGCUUCACAUCUUACCUAUGGACUCCAAGCCUCUGUUGACAAUUCAGACCAAUCUCCUUAGCGCCAAACCUGGAUUUCCUAUCUAAUAUUAUCUCCUUUAAAAUUUAUUUGCUCACCAUGUUUAAAAUUGAAUUAAUAAUUUUCCCACGGAUUUAAUCUUUCUCUUUUGUUACCUGAAAGGCAGAAACUUGGGACUUUUCCCAUUCUUAUCCCUCCCUCUGUUGCCCUCUGCUGUCCACCCUGACAUCCGGUCUCCAUUUGAACAUUCUAAGAAUCCAUUCUUUCUUCUUUUUUUGAUCACUUUUUAGUUUAGUUCCUCACUGAUUUACAGUUUAAUUUUUAUUUUAAUUUUUUUUAGAUUUGGAGUCUCAUUCUGUCACCUAGGCUGGAAUGCAAUGGGAUGAUCGUAGCUCACUGCAGCCUUGAACUCCUGCUCUAGCUAUCCUGUCCUGACCUCCAAAAGCAGUGAGAUUACAGGCAUGAGCCACCAUGCCCAGCAUUGAUUUCCAGUUUUAAUCAUUACCCGCAGAUGUGGGGCUAUGUACCCAGCACUGUGCUAAGUACAUUAUCUAUCUGCUUUACUUAGAUUGAUCCUCAAAAACAUUCCUACGAAAUAAACUUAUUGCCCUCAUUUAUACUGAAGAUGUUAAUAAAUGACAAAAUAUAUAACUAAUAAAUAAAGGAGCCUCAGUUU